AUGCCUGGCUCUCUGUCCCUCUUCUCCGUCAAUGCGGUCCUUGUCAUGUCUGCUGACGAUGGCUCCCGCAUCUUCGCAAAAUACUAUUCGGCACCACACCCCCCGCCGGCGCCGCACCCAACUCGACUGACUACCCCGGAACAGCGCGCUUUUGAGAAGGGCCUGCUUGAGAAGACCAACAAGUCCGCAAGCGAUGUGAUCCUAUACGAUAACCGAAUUGUCGUCUUCAAGAUGGAAAGCGACGUCAUGCUUUACGUUGUCGGAAGUGCCGAUGAGAACGAGGUGUUGCUGUACAAUGUUGUGCUAUCACUGCGCGAUGCUCUGGGAAUCUUAUUCAAGGGUGCAACCGACAAGCGUACUAUCGUCGAGAACUACGACCUUGUCUCACUCGCCAUUGAUGAGAUUAUCGACGACGGAAUUAUCCUUGAGACAGACCCCGUCAUGAUCGCUUCGCGUGUCAGCCGUGCGCCCGCCGCCGAUGCGCCCAAUAUGAAGAACAUCGACCUCACGGAACAGGGUCUAAUGAAUGCCUGGGAGUUUGGCAAGCGGCGCCUUGCAGAGGGAUUGCGACAGAUGUAA